UCUCUCAUACGACACUUGGGUAGUCUGAUGAGUAACCAACACUUUUUCUUUCACACAAAAUGGCCCAUCAAAUCCCGUUGAAAAAUGUCAAAAUGAGAAGUGGUGUUACCUUUCAAGUGUCGGAAGAUCUUGUGUGUUCGUGUGUCAUUCAUUCGAGCUGUCGAGUUUUCAAAGGAAUUUUUGAAGGUGAAUCGGUCGCUGUGAAAAAACUCCCAUUCAACUGCACGGAUUAUAUUGGUCCUCAAGAUGAGCAGCACUGGGCUAAGCUGAUCAAGUUGAUUGACGACCACGACCACGUCGUUCAGUACCGCCUGCAUGUUCAAGACAAUAUCCGAUACCUUGUGAUGCAACUUUGCCAAGGAUCAUUGCUGGAUUAUUGCCGCGGGACACUCGACGAGAGUGUUGCAUCACACGUCAAGGCAACUGAUGUCAUGUGGCAAAUCAUUUGCGGCGUUGAUUAUCUCCAUUGCCAGAAAGUCAAUUAUGGCAAUUUAGAGUUGAAAAAUGUCCUGUUUUGGAAAAACGAUCCGAAAUCCAGGCGGGUUGUUGUGAAACUAGCAGGAUCCUACGGAUGCAAUAAGGAUAACAACGCCGAUCUCUUCCAACUGGGUUGUUUGUUUUACUCUGCUGCAACGAAAAGGGAAGCCGAGCCCAUUGCUGGAUCCAUCUCUCUUGAGAGCCUAACUGAAAUUGAAGAUGCCAACCACAGAUCCUUGGCAUUAAAUUUAAUCAAUCUUCUGAUCGACGCCAGUCCAAACAGGCUUGAAAUCAACACGCUAUUGCUACACCCUUUAUUCACUCAAUGCAACGAAGAUGCUCAAUCGAGGUUGACCAAUCAAGUGAUCGAAAAGGAAAUGGGUCAAGUGUGGAGGAGAGACAAACAAAAUCUACAAAAAUGGAAAUCUAAUUUGGAUCAAACAAAAUUUCCCGAUGAUGAGUUCAUAAAAUUAGAGGAAAUUCUUCAAACGUAUAACGACACGUCCAAAAUAGCGCGAGAAGCUUUCAAAACCACACCCCAGUUAUUCUCCGAAUAUAUUUGGCAUCUUGCCACAAUUUCGAAAACCGUUUCGUCCAAUGAAAAUCAGCAAACCCAGCAGCCCAUAAAGAUGCCAGAGGUACUGGGAAAAGGGACUUAUGGCAUUGUGAUGAAACGUGAUUACACCGACAGAAAAGGAAAUAGAUAUCCGGCGGCGUUCAAAAAGUGCAACCGGGAUUUAAGCCCUGAUAUGGAGAAGAAGUUUGAUCAAGAAAUUGAGACCCUGCGUGAACUCAAACAUCUGUUUGUCGUCAAAUAUAUUGACGUGGUGGUUGAAAACGACACAGAAAAGUAUAUUGUGAUGGAGUUGUGCCAAGGAUCUGUAAAAGACUACGUCGAAGGAAAGUUGGAAGGGAUUCCGAAAGACUCGCUGGAUGAAAAGAUCCUUGUUGGACAAGUUGCUCUCGGUCUGGCCUACAUACACGACAAAGGGAUCAUUCACAAGGAUUUGAAACUGGAAAACAUUCUCCUCAAACGCCACUCACCUCGACUGGUUGUUGCCAAAAUGGCCGAUUUCGGAUUCGCUAAAGAACUCAAACCGGGCAAAACAGAGUUCACUGAAACUGAGCGUCCCGGCACAGAAACUUACAUGGCACCCGAACUACUGAAUGCUCCUGAUGGUGCCUACCCAGCCUCUUUUGCUAGCGACGUUUACGCUUUAGGAAUUACAAUCGGUCGAAUUGUAUUAAAAGGAAAACAUCCCUUCAGUUCCAACAGAAUUCGUCGGCAGUUAUCUAUGGCCAAUGGUCUAGUCCCACCAAAUCUCCAAGGACUCAGCUGGGAUCUGAUCGAUUUGAUCCCCAAGUUAACCGAAAACGAUCCAGGAAAACGCCCCGACAUGGUUCUGGUGUUGCGACAUCCCUAUUUUGUUUUGACGAAUAACAAAACCAAAAAGCAUUUCGUCGAUCAGCUCUGGAACGGUUUGCAAUCCCUUUCGCAAGAGGAUCGAUCCAAACAGGUCAAAAAGAUAUUCAGCAACCGAAAUUUCCAACAGUGGUACCAUGAAAUUUCUGGUGAAAAGCCAGCUACUAAGGAAGAGAUGGAAAAAAUGGCGCAGACCUUACAGCUUUUCAAAACUCUGAACCCGGAUAAUUCGGGAUCUGACGCUAAAGCUGAACCCUUUUACCCAGCAAAAAAAUACGAAGAAGCGAUUAAAGAAGCCAUCACAUCCGAAUAUGAUCCCGAAGUAGGAAAUCAAAUCAAUCAGAUGAGCUUAAUUAGCUCGAUUCGGGGUCGUUUCUGUGGCCUGUCUCGAUGUCGCUUGUACAAAUUGAUUCAACGUUCACCGAAGCUUCUCGUUCCGUAUUUCUGGUCUCAUUUGCUCGACGUUGUUAACGAGUCAGUUGCUGUCGAUCCUCAAACAGGAGUCCUGAUGACCCCUACUAAAGCAAAGCACAACUCGGCCCAGUCCAAACAUAAGAUUAUUCCAGAGUUGGAAUGGAGCAGUUUGUAUUACGACAAUGAGCAAGUCGUCGAUGAGCUGUGGAAUAUCAAGUACUCGGAAAACUACGCCGAUUCUCAGAAAACGACCGAGGAAAUUAUUGGAACCAUUGCCAAGUGUAACGUUUCAGAAAGCGUGUGGUCCAACUUGUUGGACAAGAUCGGAAAUCAAAGAGGAAUCUCGCUGCUCUCCGCAAUUGUUGAAAGCCAUUCUUCCAACGUUGUGAACUUCGUCGACAUAUUCUUACAACGGUUUGACGUAGCCAACCUGCCAGCACGCAUUCACAUACUGGUGGCUUCUAACGAAGGAGACUUUGCAGCCGACAUAAUGCAAGUGCUGCUGAAUCAUGGAUUAGAUUCCAAGAACGCCGUCAGCAAAUUAGGAAUGACUCCAGUCCACUACGCGGCGCAAAAUGAGUCGAGUUCAGGACCGAAAUUGAUGAAACUUCUUCUUGAAAAUGGGGGAGAUCCAAACAGACGUUCAACAAACCACGACAAGUCAACGCCCAUCCAAUUGGCAGCAUCCAAUCAAGGGGAAUACGCGGCCGAGAUUUUCAAGUUGCUGCUCGACAGGAGAUGCGCAUGCGAUGAGCUCAGUGCUGGCCAAUUCGAACCCAUUCAUUUCGCGACGAUGAACAGCGGCGAGUCUGCGCCGGAAUUGCUGGAUUUGCUCCUCAAGAAGCGAGGCGUCAGUGUCGUCAACAGGGUGACUGGAAUGUCGCUGGUUCACUUCACAAUGUUCAAUAACGGCGACGGUGGACCGAUCAUCGCGAAAAAGUUGUUUGAAAAUGGCGCCAAACCCAACGCUCGCGACAAGAGGAAACAGACGCCACUUCACUUGGCCGCAAGAGACACCGUUGGCGAAAAGAAUCAAAUUGCAAUCAUGACAGUCUUUCUUCAAAACGGUGGCGACCCAAAUGCCGUUGACGAAUUGGGUCGAACGCCAGUCCAUUACGCAGCCGCCAACGAAGGAGAGUACGCGCUGGAAAAGCUCAAACUUUUAAAAGAAUACAGAGGCAAUUUGGCUGCCCGUGACAAAGGUGGACUGACUCCUGUUCAUUACACAAUCUUGAAUAAGGGAAUUUCCGGUGUGGAAAUGAGGCAACUAAUUGGAUACAAAAAAGGCACAAACAUUCCGCUGAACAAUUGUGGCGAGACGCUUCUUCAUCGACUUGUCAAUGGCAUUCACAAUCAAAUUCAUCUGGUUCAAACGGCACUAGAAAGUGGAGUGAAUCCAAACGUCAAGGACAUUUUAGGAUGUUCUCCCGUUCACGACGCCGUCACAGAAAUCGAAUCUUGCGUCGGAUUGGACAUUUUAAAACUUCUACUUCAAAAUGGAGGAGAUCCUAAUCUUCCGGACGAUAAAAACCAGCAAACGCCCGUCCACUAUGCGGCCUAUAGUCUCAAAAAAUGGGGACCUAAACAGAUGGAAAUUCUCCUGAGCAAUGGUGGAAAUGCCAAUGCAAUCGGCACAAUAGGGUACACUCCACUCCAUUUGGCCGCCAUGAAUAAGGGAAACUAUGCUCCCAAAUUGAUCAGUCUUUUGCUCAAAUCCAAUGGGAAUGCUAAUGCUGUGGAUAAUUGCGGACGCUCACCUGUUCAUGUGGCCGUACUGAAUGAAAACGACGACACAAGAAACCAAAUCAUCAAAGAGUUACUUGAAAAUGGUGGAAAUGCAAAUGCUCGUGACAAGGAUGGAAGGACACCAUUAUACUACGCCAUUGCUGAAAGACCAACAAAUAGCUUGUUGACAAAUGUUCUAAUCAAAUACGGAGGAAACAUGGCAGAAAGAGACAACCACGGCAUGACGCCAAACCGACUUUUAAUGACUAGAAUGAGAAGAUAAUCAAAUACAGCUUUCACUUUUAAA